CCUUUGUCUCGAUUAAAUAUUGCAACGAACGGACGUGUGUUAUUCCUGCAACCCUUAGUCGGACACCCCUUCACCCCUAUUUCUCAGUGGCGACGAGCAGUUCGGACCGUUUAGUGCGUGUUCUGUGCGUGUGGUAAAAAAAAAAAAAAAAAAAACAAUGUCAAUAGGCAAAAUAGGCGAGUUUAAAGUCGCGUCGGACAAUUGGCGGUUGUAUGUAGAACGACUUGAACAGUAUUUCUUGUGUAACAACAUUAAAGCCGAGUUGCAAGUGGCUACGUUAGUGACCGUGAUUGGCGCCGAGUGUUAUGAACUCCUAGUCAACUUAUGCACGCCGGAUAAACCUACUUCAAAAACAUUCGCCGACUUAACUGCUAUUUUAGAAAAGCAUUUGCAACCAAAACCCAGUGUACUGGCAGAACGUUAUAAAUUUAGGCAUAGAAAACAGGGAGAUAGUGAGUCGAUGUCUAAUUACGUGGCAGUUUUGAGAAGAAUGUCUAAAACGUGUGACUUUGGGACGGGGCUCCAAGACAGUUUAAGGGAUCAGUUUGUAUGCGGAAUUCACAGCGAGACCAUUCGACAAAGGCUUUUUGCAGAGGAUAACCUAGAUUUCACUAAAGCUUUUAAUCUGGCAGUCAGUAUGGAAGCGGCUGAGAAGGACGCCGCUAUGGUCGAGGGGUCACAGAAGCCUGCUAGCGAGGGGACAAGUGCGUUGGCGUCUUGUCAAGCGAUAGCGGCGAGUUCGUCACGUCGUAUUAAGGGCGAGGCGACGCGUGGAGCAUGGCGGCCGCGGGGCGCAGAGCGAGGCGCCAGCGCUGGGCGUGGGGCCCGCGCCAGCGGUUGGCAGGUGGCGACGGCGCCGUCGGCGGGAAAAGGACGUGAUGCACACUGUAAGGCUUGCGGCGGGACGCACGGCACAGAAACCUGUCGGUUCGCCCGCUAUGUAUGCAAGGUGUGCAACAAGCAGGGACACUUGCAGCGGGUGUGUCCAUUAAUGGCAGAUACUCACAGCGUGGAAGUUACCAAUAUAACCAGUCAGCGGGAAACAUAUAGUGAGGACAGUGACAUGAGUGACGAGGUAAUUAUUAUACAUGUUAAUAACUUAAAGGCAGCGGAUUACAAACCCAUUUUUAUGAAAAUGAAUGUGCAGGGUAUUGACCUCGACAUGGAAUGUGAUACAGGCAGUGCGAUUUCAUGCGUCAGCAAAAAAGUUUACGAACAAUUGUUUUCGCAGUUAAUACUUUAUAGUAGUAAUGUUAGAUUACGUUAUUUCACGGGAGAACUUGUAAAGCCGGUGGGUGUAGUAAAACCACUUGUAAAAUAUAAAGAUAAGCAGGAAUAUUUGGAGAUGUAUGUAAUUGAAAAUGGUAAAUCCAUGUUGAUAGGCAGACAAUGGCUGGCGGAAUUAAAUAUACCCAUACCUACGCCAUGCAGGCCUUGCAAUGUUAAUAGAACCGAGGUAGAUGAAAAUGAGUUUAACCUGGCGGAUUUUAGUUCCAGAUUUUGUGACGUGUUCGCGGAUGGUUUGGGGCGGUUCACCGGCGGUCGCGUGAGCAUCCACCUGCGGGAAGGGGCGCGGCCGGUGUUCCUGCGCGCGCGGCCCCUGGCGUACGCGCUGCGCACGCCGGUGGAGCGCGCGCUGGAGCAACUGGUGCGCGACGGUGUGCUCACCCCCGUUGACCGCUCGGACUGGGCUACACCCAUUGUCCCGGUAGUAAAGAAGGACGGUAAUGUAAGAAUUUGCGCUGAUUACAAACUAACUUUAAAUAGAAUGCUAGAAGUCGAUCGAUAUCCGUUACCUAGGGUAGACGAUUUGUUAGCACGCCUGUAUGGCGGAAAGCGAUUUAGUAAGAUCGAUUUAUCGCAGGCCUACGCGCAAUUUGAGCUAGACGAUUCUCGAAAAUACACCGUGAUUAAUACUCAUAAGGGCUUAUUUCGAUAUAAUCGUCUUGUGUAUGGAUUGUCCUCGAGCCCGGGUAUAUUUCAGAGACGGUUGGAACAAAUGUUUGCGGACUUACCACACGUAGGCGUAUUCCUUGACGACGUGAUUAUCACGGGCAGCAACACAGAAUCGCACAUUGACAAUUUAGUUAAGGUUUUCGAGCGGUUGCAAGCCUAUGGGUUGCGCGUAAAAAAAGAGAAAUGCGCUUUCUUUGCUAAAUCGAUUAAUUAUCUAGGGCACGUUAUUAGUGAAGAUGGUAUACAUACUUGCCCAGAAAAAGUAAAGGCCAUCGAGGCCGCGCCGGCGCCACGUAAUGUAUCCGAAUUGAGGGCCUUUAUAGGAAUGGUAAUGUAUUACGCGAAGUUCGUCGGUAAUGUCAGUAGUAUAAUGGCACCCUUGUAUAAUUUAUUAAAAAGUGGAGUUAAGUUCGUGUGGGAUAGGGAAUGUCAGGCGGCUUUUAAACAAAUCAAGAGGGCGCUCGGGUCGAGUCAAGUGCUAACGCAUUAUUCAGAAGAAUUGCCCCUGAUUUUGACUUGCGAUGCAUCUGGAGUGGGGGUUGCCUCGGUGAUAUCGCACGUCACGGAGCACGGUGAGCGACCCGUGGCAUAUGCCUCGCGCACGCUCACAGCGGCGGAGCGUGCGUACGCACAAAUAGACCGGGAGGCACUAGCAAUUGUCUACGGAAUUCCCAAGGAUAGGUUAGUGAGUAGGGUAAUCGCGUACGCGCAAUCAGGAUGGCCGGCUAGCUGUCCCGACGAAGAGAUAGAGCCUUACUUUAUAAGGCGACACGAGUUGUAUGUUGACCGCGGGUGCUUGAUGUGGGGAUAUCGUAUGACUAUACCUACUUCGCUGCGUGAAAAGGCAUUUUCACCCGCGUACCACCCGGCGUCCAAUGGAGCUGCAGAACAAGCAGUAAAGUUGUGUAAACGGGCGAUAAAGAAAUCGUUUAGGGACGGGCUAGAUGUAGACGUCGCCUUACAAACUUACUUGCUAGCAUAUAGGAAUAGCGUUCAUAGUACCACAGGAGAAACCCCAGCGAUGCUUCUACAGAAACGGAAUUUAAACUCGAGGUUAGACUUAUUACGUAGUGCUCGUGGGCUGGAAGACCGGGUCCGUGACGCGCAGCGCCACCAGGUGCAGGCCGCUCAGAGCGCGACCGCGGAGCGAAACUUGGUAACGGGAGAUACCGUUUGGGCGCGUAAUUAUACUGGUGCCGAUAAAUGGAUCAAAGGUACUGUUGUAGGCAAGGAGGGUUCACGUCGGUAUACCCUGGAUAGCGGAGACGGGAGACUUCUAGUUAGACAUGUAGACCAAAUCAGGCGCAGAUCAUCAGCUUUGUCGAGCAUUCCGUGUCCUACGGACCGGGGGGCCAACGGGGAUGAGCAGGCUGAACAAUUAGAGAGAGACGAGGUACAACCUGGUGGUUCGGUGGAUCGGGGUGAGGUAGAGACAGAGACAGUAAGGGGGGAGGUAGUACCUAAUAAAACGUCAGAUGUAGACGUUACAGCUAAUCCUUCCCCACAUCCUCGUCCACCAGCGCGAUCGCCGAUGACGCUGAGGCCGUUGCCAAGUCGUAGACUUAGACUAGAGAUAGAUUAG